AUGUCUUUGAUCAACAGAUUUAUGAUCGUAGCCAAACGAAGACCUCAAUACAAUGAUUUCUGUCGAGUGUCUAACUAUUCGACAUCGAGCUUCAACGAGAAACGAAACAAUCCUAACGAUUCGAUCACGAAGUCAGUAUUCAUAUCACAGUCCACUGAUGUAUUCACCAAUCUAGCGUUAGAGGAUUGGUUUUACAAGAACCAAGAUUUUACAAAUCAUCACGUGUUACUUCUAUGGCGUAACAAUCCGUGUAUAGUGAUCGGACGUCACCAGAAUCCGUGGAUCGAGCACAAUAUUCAACUAGCUAAGAAACGUGGUAUAGUACUAGCCCGACGUAACAGUGGUGGCGGUACUGUCUACCAUGACCGUGGUAAUUUGAAUUUGUCGUUUUUCACACCGCGGGAACGAUAUAACCGGAAAUACAAUCUGGAGAUAAUUACCAGAGCUUUGUACCGGGAAUGGGGUAUUGAAGCGGAGGUUAACAAACGCGACGACAUCAUUCUCAAAGAGAAGUAUAAAGUAUCCUUUCACAUAUCUGGUACCGCAGCGAAAUUAGGACGUCCUAAUGCAUAUCAUCAUUGCACGCUAUUGGUCAAUGUUAAUAAAACAGCUCUAAACUUAGCACUGGAGAAAAAAGAGAAUGGUAUAGAAACAAAUGCUACAACGUCCACACGUUCUCCAAUAAAAAAUUUAGUUGAUAUAAAUUCUCACAUCCAGAUGGACAAACUCAUUACCGCGAUAGGCUGGGAAUAUCUUCGCACUAAAGCUCUCGUUCUAGAAGAUGGUGGACAAGAUCUCAUUCAACGUCAAAAAGGAUUUCAAUACAUCAAUCCCACCGAGGAUUGGUUCCCAGGAUUGGACAAAUUAAUAAGCGAAUUUCGUUCCUGGGAAUGGAAUUACGGUAAAACACCGAAUUUCACGGUAACACGUAUUGUAGAUGUGCCUACUGAAGACAACAAAGUCCAUCGAUUCAAUUUGGCGUUAGAAAUUCAGAACGGCAUCAUUGAAGAAAUUAAGAUGAAAUUGCCAGCCGAUUUGGUAUCGAGAGAUUUUAAUGAAGACGUGAGCGUGAUAACUAAUUUACGUAGUUCGAGAUACGAUCACGAAGUAAUGGAAAAUAUAAUAACUGCGAUCGGUUGUAAGACUGUAACACUAAACACGAGUCAAAAUGUAGAUAAAAGUAAUAUGAUUGCUACGCAAUGA